AUGUCCGUGUCCUCCAACAGGCGGUGGUGCCCGACCUCCGAGCAGGUUAUGAUACUCGAGGAGCUUUUCCGGCGGGGACUGAGGACCCCCACGGCAGCGCAGAUACAGAGGAUCACAGCCCACCUCUCGGUCUACGGCCGUAUUCAGGGAAAGAACGUCUUCUACUGGUUCCAGAACCACAAGGCCCGUGACCGCCAAAAGCUGCGCAAGAGGCUCGCCGCUAACCCACACCUCUACGCAUGCGCCGUACCUACACAAUAUCCCACCUUCUCCACCUGCUACUAUUACUACUACUUCCAAUCUCCACAAUCAUUAUACCUCCCACCUUCUCCGCCUCAGGGUGAGCAAGAGGCCCCCGGUGGGUUGGCGAUGCAGAGUAACAAGACAGAUCAUCUUCAUAAAGAUUCGACGCUCGGAUCGUGCGGUCAGGAUUUCAGCACGAUGACGGAGGUGGGGCCCAGCACGGCGUGGUGCACCACGGGGAGCGAGCCCCUCCAAACCUUACAACUCUUUCCCCUCCGAUCCCCCGCGGCCUCGGACAAUCCAAACUCCACGCCUAGAAAGGCAUGA